AUGUCCCAGAGCAAGGGUGGACGGAGGAGACGGUCAAGCAGCAUCAUCUAUCAGGAGCCGCCGGAGUCCAUUGAGCAUACCAGCGAUCAAGCUGCCUUGCCCAAUCUGAAUGCGAACUGGGUCAAUGCUAAGGGUGCCUGGACCAUCCAUUUCGUUCUGAUUAUUGCCUUGAAGAUCUUCUACGACAUCAUCCCCGGCGUCUCGCAGGAAACGUCAUGGACCCUUACCAAUAUCAGUUACAUGUUCGGCUCGUUUCUCAUGUUCCACUGGGUGCGGGGCAUCCCUUUCGAAUUCAACGCGGGUGCCUAUGAUAAUCUCAACAUGUGGGAGCAAAUCGACAACGGAGAUCAAUAUACCCCGACGAAAAAGUUCUUACUCUGCGUGCCCAUCUGCCUUUUCCUUCUCAGCACGCAUUAUACCCACUACGACUUGACAUAUUUCACGAUCAAUUUCCUAGCCACUUUGGGGGUGGUCAUUCCGAAACUUCCAUUCUCACACCGACUGCGGAUAGGUCUUUUCUCCUCGGAACUGGAGGAGUAA